ACAAAUACUUCCUCUUUAUAUAUCAACGACUUUUCAAGCCCUAUUUUAUUUUUAUUUUUAUUUUCAUUUAUUAUUAUUACUAAAAUAGAAUUAAAAUUAUCCAAAAUAUAUAAAAUAAAUAUCUAUCAAAUUAACCAACCCGAAUGUUUAUUUGAUUACUUCAAAUUUUGAAUUUUUGCAAAAUAGACGCCCCGAAAUAAAUUAAUUAGGGAUUUGCUUUCGUGACUGAUUCUUCUUCACUUUUCUCAAUCCACUCCAACUCUCUCUCUUUUUCUUUUGUUUUUCUCUUUCCUCUAAUUUCAGAUGAAUCAAUGGAAAAAUUGAAGAUUUGGUGAAGUUGAUUGAAUGGAGAUAGGGAGAAAUUCCAGCUUGUCUGGCCCACUUGACCUCUUUGCUCGUCCUUGUUUUGAAGGAUCAUCAAGUCGUGACAGGAAAGAGCGAAAAGCAGAUGUUGACUUAUCAGAAGAUGAGAAGAAGAAGAAGUCAGGUAGUUUUAAAAAGAGAGCAAUUAGUGCAUCCAGUAAAAUAAGGCGUUCACUCAGCAAGAAGAAAGGCAAGAGGAAGGCCGAGGGCAGAGGUACUUCUGUUUCUAUAGAGGAUGUGCGCGAUGUUAAGGAAGUGCAGGCUGUGCAAGAAUUUCGACAAGCACUGGCUGUAGAUGAGUUGCUGCCUGCAAGACAUGAUAAUUAUUACACAUUGCUGAGGUUUUUAAAGGCAAGAAAGUUUGACAUUGAGAAAGCAAAACAGAUGUGGGCUGAUAUGCUCAAGUGGAGAAAAGAAUUCGGCGCCGAUACUCUCCUUGAGGAUUUCGAAUAUCAGGAGUUGAGCGAGGUCUUAAAGUAUUAUCCCCAGGGAUUUCAUGGUGUGGACAAAGAUGGAAGGCCCAUUUACAUUUAUCUUCUUGGAAAAGUUGAUACUGAGAAACUUCUGCAAGUUACAACAAUGGAACGAUACCUCAAGUAUCAUGCACAGGAUUUUGAAAGGUGCUUUGCACUAAAAUUUCCAGCCUGCUCCAUUGCUGCAAAAAGGCAUAUAGAUACAAGUACAACAAUUGUGGAUGUUCAAGGCGUGGGUUUAAAAAAUCUAACGAAACCUGCUCGUGAACUGAUAAUGCGGCUACAGAAGAUUGAUAACAACAACUAUCCCGAGACUCUUAACCGAAUGUAUAUCAUCAAUGCUGGCAGUGGCUUUAAAUGGGUCUGGAGUGUAAUCAAGCAAUGUAUUGAUCCUCAAACGACAUCCAAAAUUCAUGUCCUUGGCCACAAAUAUCAGAGCAAAUUGCUAGAGAUUAUUGACAAAAGCCAAUUGCCUGAAUUUCUUGGCGGUACAUGUACUUGUGCAGACCAAGGAGGUUGUCUGAGGUCUGACAAGGGACCAUGGAAAGAUCCUAAAAUCGCAAAGUUGAUUCAAUCUGGCGCAGCGGAAGUAGCUAUAUCAAACAGCGAAGGGAGGGUUAUUGCUUAUAACAGGAUGGCUAAAAAUAAUGACGUAUCAUUAUCAACUGCAGAGUCUGGAUCUGAAGUUGAAGAAUUUUUUUCUUCUAUAGCACCUGGGGGUUCUUUAGAGUUAAAAUUGAUGCCAGUUGAUGAAGAAGUUCGGAUGGCAAGAAACAGUGGCCCUACCGGUGGCUUGCCUGAUAAUGAUGAACAUGUUCCUGUAGUUGUAAAACUCUCAGAUUCAGAGUCCUUGGGAGUCAUCUCCACUGAUCAGUCUAAUCCACCCACAGUGACAGUUGCUCAACAAUCUGCUAAUGGAGAACAAAGUCAUUUCCGAAUUUUGGCUGCAGUCCUGGCCUUCUUUGUGACCUUAUUUGGUUUCUUCCGAUCAUCAACAACGAAAGUUUCUCGAAGAGUUACCAUGCUAGUUUUGAAUAUUGCCCGCAGCCUUAAAGAAGAUUUGCAACGACCGUCAGUGGGUGUAGAUAUGACAGAGACAGAAUUCCGGUCAAUUACACUGAGAAGGAUUAAUGGUCUUGAAGAGAAGGUAAAUGCCUUACAGACAAAGCCAAUGCAGAUGCCUUCAGAGAAAGAGGAGUUGCUAAACGCUGCAAUAUAUCGAGUGGAUGCACUAGAAGCAGAACUGAUUUCAACUAAAAAGGCAUUACAUGAAGCUUUGAUGAGGCAGGAAGACUUGCUUGCAUACAUUGACGCACAAGAAUCCGCUAGAUUCAGGAGGAGAAUGUUCUGUUAGUGAAGAAUCCAUUGAGGGCAUUCAAGGAGAAAAUUUCCACUAGUUUCGAGUCUCUUUUUUUACGGCAUGGAGUGUUGGGGCAGAAUUUAGAAUGAACACAGGUUGUGUCCUGUAAUUUGUGUACAGAAGUGAUAUGAUGCAGUUCCACAUUUUUCUUGUGAGGUCAAUGUAGAAAAAGAAAUAGAGAGAAAUGUUAGAAUAGUAUGCAAAUUUCUUGUUUGGCUUCUGUGAAUAUUUCAUGUGGAAUUGUUGGUACCUUGAGUACACUCCGGAGUUUGCAAUGCUGCAGAAAGUGGGAUAGUGAAGUGGCUUGAAUCUGUUUGAGCCCUUUCCCUAUCAAUAUUGCAAGCAUCAUGUUGUAAACUGGAGGAUACUUGAGCAGAGUGUCACAUUCGAUGUUUGUCUGUAUAUCAGUGAAAUGAAUUGCCACAGGCCAACCUCAUUCUCC